UAGCCUACAGCUGUGCGCCCACGCGAGUGCUGCUGGUCAUGCAUUUUUAGUUUAUUUUAAUGUUUUCACAAUGUCAGCGAAGCCCGAAGAGGAGCUGAUAAAAGAAUGGGAAAGAGAGCAGGCGCGACUGAAGGGGCUGCUCCAGGAGGGGGACACGGAGGAGUGGCAGAGGAGCCCCACCCUCGAGGGGCUGCAGCGGGUCGGGGGAGUGGACCUGUCCUUCAUCAAAGGAGACGACGUCAGAGCCUGCGCACAGCUGGUCGUCCUCAGCUACCCAGACAUGGAGCUGCUGUAUGAGGACAGUCAUAUGGUGGAGCUGGAUGCCCCGUACGUGGCCGGCUACCUGGCCUUCAGGGAGACCCCCUCGCUGCUGCAGGCCCUGAGGAGGCUGGAGGAGACCCAGCCCCAACUCAUGCCACAGGUGGUGCUAGUGGAUGGGAAUGGGAUCUUCCAUUACAGAGAGUUUGGUCUGGCGUGUCACCUGGGCGUGCUGUCGGGGCUGCCCUGCGUGGGAGUGGCCAAGAACCUGCUGCAGGUGCAAGGGGUGGUGCGGGACGAGGAGCACCAAUCACAGAUCAAUGCGCUGGGAAAAGGAGGAGAUGCCUUCCCCCUGACCUCCGAAUCGGGCCGAGUGUUAGGCAAGGCCCUGCGUAGCUCGGACAAGAGCACCAAGCCCGUGUACGUGUCGGUGGGCCACCGCAUCAGCCUUGACACGGCCGUUCGCCUCACCCACGCCUGCUGCCGAUACCGCGUGCCCGAACCCAUCAGACAGGCUGACAUACUCUCCAGGGAGUACCUGCGUAAACACUUCCCCUCUGCAGACUUGCAGACUCAGGACACCGAAGGAGGAGGAGGAGGAGGAGGAGGAGGGGGAGGAGGAGGAGGAGAGCGGUGACCUUGGAUGAGCAAUCUGCCAGUGAGCUUGUCUUUGUCGGCAGCUGAACUACACCAGGCGAAAUGGAGCAGCGUCUACACGACAAUCUACUCUACAUGACAACCAAGCCAACGGUGACCAUGUUUACAACUGUAAUUAGGACUUUUGUUUCCCCCAAAGAUUUUACUAAAAUGGUUUUAAUGUUUUCAAAAAUCUUGUGCUAUAGACAUUUUAAAGCAAAUGUAUAUAGGGGGCAACUAUCUGUUUUUUAGUAACUUGAAUUUUUGAAUUACGGUGGUGGCUCUGAUUUUUUUAAGACAUUUAACUGAAAACUUUAUUUUCCCAAAGAUUUCAAUAAAAAGCCUUUUAAUUGUUCAAUAAAUGUGUGCAAUAGAAUAUGUUGA